AUGACAAAUGCUGUCAACAACACUCAUAACAUCUCCUCUACACCUAGUCCUCCUUCUGUCACUACUAAUUCUUCUGGACUCAAAAAGAACACUACUACAACAAGAGUUGCUUCUCGGGGUGGCGGCGGUGGAAGUGGCAGAAAUGGUUCGCAAGCGUGCGCCGCGUGCAAAUAUCAACGGAGAAAAUGUGCGUUUGACUGUCCGUUAGCCCCUUAUUUCCCAGCCGAAAAGCAGAAGGAUUUUCUCAACGCCCACAAACUCUUCGGUGUUAGUAACAUAUUAAAGGUACUAAAAAACAUUGCGCCGUUUCAGAAGGAUAACGCGAUGAAAGCGUUAAUAUUUGAGGCUAAUAUACGUGCCGGAGACCCUGUUGGAGGAUGUUAUCGAGUAAUCCUGAAUCUGCAUCGCCAAAUUAAUCUUUAUCAUGCGGAAUUGCAAUUUGUUUAUCGUGAGAUAUUCCGUGCCCAAGCGGCGGCUAUCCAAGAACAGCGAAAUAUCAAUACGACAACUAAUAGUACAGUGAAUUUUGAUCUAUUACCGCUGCAUGACCUUUAUGAAUACAACAGAUCUAAUUCAAUUUAUAUCGGAGAAGGAUCAAGCAGUCAAAAAGGAAAAGAACUCGAAUGUUUCACCAGUGAUGAAGAAUUUGAAACUAAAACAAUUAUGAGAGGUUCUAAUGGCAAACAAUCGUUUGCUGAACAUGAGGAUGUCAAGCCACAUUUUGGAAAUUUUCAUAAUUAUAAAGGCAAGGGAGUAGCAACAGAAUUAAGGGCGGCAAUCGCCGAGCAAGGAUUAGCGAUUGCCCAACUGCAGAGUGGAAAGGGUGAAGCUGGGCCUGAAAAAGCUAAGGGUACAGUGGAAAUCGGAAGGAACGAGCCACGGGCAGUCGAGAAUACGCGUGGGGAACUAGGGGAAUUUGGUAGCAGUGAGCGUGGGGAGCAGGAGAAGAUGGGGGGUGGUGACAACGUGUGGAAGUUCAGUGGAACAGAGGGAUGGAGAACACGAGAAAAUGGAGGUGUCAGAGGAAACGUGGGGAAGGCAUGGGAGAGCAGAGAGGGAGAAGAGAGAUGA